AUGGGGCAAGAGGACCCCAAGGACCAGCAGCUUGUGGUGGCGCUUCGAAUCCGUCCUCUCAACGAGGCAGAGCUGGAGGAGGGGGCCUCCGUCAUCACACACAAGACGGGGGACCAGAUGCUGACACUCUUGGACCCCAGCGAGGACCCUGAGGACACACUGCGCGCACACCGGUCCCGGGAGAAGACUUUCGUGUUUGACAUGGUUUUUGAUGAGCACGCGACUCAGGAGGACGUGUACUGUGCCACCACCCGGCACUUGGUCGAUGGCGUCCUUGCCGGCUACAACGCCACAGUAUUCGCCUACGGCCCGUCAGGUGCGGGGAAGACCUUCACCAUGCUGGGACUGGACGCACAGCCAGGCAUCUACCUGCAGGCACUCAGCGAUCUCUUCAGGGCUCUGGAGGCCACAGGGGGGCAGCCGGACUACAGUGUGUCCAUGUCCUACUUGGAGAUCUACAACGAGGUCAUCCGUGACCUGCUGAACCCUGCGUCCGGCUGCCUGGAGCUGCGGGAGGAUGCGCACGGCACCACCCAGAUCCCCGGCAUCACAGAGGCCUCCACCUCCAAUGCCCAGGAGAUCAUGCAGUUGCUCACCAAGGCCAACCGGCAGCGCACGCAGGAGCCCACGGCUACUAACCGCACGUCCUCACGCUCACACGCAGUGCUGCAGGUCAGUGUGAGCCGGCGCGGAGUCCAGAGCACAGACGAGGUCAGCCUGGGAAGACUCUUCCUGGUGGACCUGGCCGGCUCCGAACGGGCAUCCCAGACCCAGAACAGCGGCAAGAGGAUGAAGGAGGGCGCCCACAUCAACCGCUCACUGCUGGCCCUUGGCAACUGCAUCGUGGCGCUGAGCGAGAGGGGCAGCCGGCAGUAUGUGAACUUCCGGGACAGCAAGCUUACCCGCCUCCUCAAGGAUGCCUUGGGGGGUAACAGCUGCACGGUGAUGAUAGCCCACAUCAGCCCGGCCAGCUCACACUUUGAGGAGUCCAGGACCACGCUGCUGUAUGCCCACCGUGCCAAGAACAUCAAGACCAGGGUGAAGCGGAACCUGCUGAGUGUGUCCUACCACAUCGCACAAUACACAGAUGUCAUCUCACAGCUGCGGAGGGAAAUUGAGCACCUCAAGGCCAAGAUCGACAAGCAGGAGAAGGAGAGGGCCCCCCCGGGAGCCCCGGAGCCUCAAGCCCCUGCACCCGCCCGUGACACGGAGGAGGACCAGUGCCAGCAGCUGGGCAGGAUCCGGGCGCAGCUCAUUGGGGCCUUCAGGGAGCAGCUGGACCUGCGGCGCAGCCUGGGUGGACUGGAGAGCACCCUCGCAGAGCUGCACGUCCACCUGUCCCGGCACCUGCUCACCAUUGCAGACUGGGAGCGGGAGAGGACCCAGCAGGUGCAUCAGGAGCCAGGGAAGGACGGGGACACACAGGACGGGGAGGGCACGGAGCCACACGAGGUGGUGCUGGCCCGGGAGGAGCUGAUGGCGCUGCUGGAGGAGCAGAGGAAGACGGCCACCCUCAAGGCAGGGCUGGAGCGGCAGCUGGCCCAGGCACAGAGGAAGGCUUCUCAGCUGGAGCGGGUGCUGCCGCGGAGGGCCUGCAGCGUGGAGCAGCGUGAGGAGCUGCGUCUGCUGUGUCGAGCGCACGAGCUGGAGCUGGACCGAGGGCACCACCUGCUGCACCACCAGGCCCUGCUCAUCCGGCUGGGCCAGCGGCACCGGCAGCUGUGCGAGUGCCUCAUCCGGGACCAGCGCCGGCUCAUCCAAGAGGCUGGGCUGGCCGUGCCAGAGGCCCUGGAGCAGCGUUACCAAGUCUACUCCCGCGAGCUGGGCGAGGGCACCCUGGACCGGCUGCUAGUGCUGCACUCGCUGAUGACCAGCUCCCUGCGGGACAGGUCCGGCCUGGGCAUGUCUCCGUCACCUGAGGAGCCCAGCCGGGAGCUGCAGGCUGACAGGAAGGACCUGCCCUGGGGUGCCCGGCUCCAGCUGCCGCCCACGGUGCUGGAUUCUGAUGGGGACAGCCCCGAGUGCUCCGAGGACGUGCCAUCCCAGAAGCGAGACUGCCUGUUGCCUGCAGCCUCCAUGCGUGUCCUGCUGACACCACCCAGCCAUGAGAAGCCGGACUGCCUGAGUGUGCAGAACCUGAUGUCCAAGCUGUGUUCCCCGGGCAGCCUGGACCCCGGGGCCCGGCUGAGCCCACAGGCGCUAAGGGAGAUGGCCGCCAGCACCAGGAGCAUCGGCCGGAUAGCGGCCACCCGGAGGAGCAAGGCCCAGGACCGUGAGGCGGGCAGUGGCCCCUGGCUGCACCCGCCUGCCAUGGAGCCCCGUGACUCCCAGGGCCCCAGCCCCGCCGACCGAAGGGGGCCAAGGGGCAGCCCAGGCAGGGACACCUCGGUGGAGAGGACGGCCAGGAAGAAGCACUCACCCUCCUUCCUGGGGAGUGGCCAGCCGGUGGGUGCUGCAGGGAGGCAGCAGAGAGAUUUCCGCCUGCUGCCCCCAAGGCCCCUGCCGACCACCUGCUGGCCCCCGUGCUCCUGCAGCUGCCCAAGUGUCCUGGGAAGAGCUUCCUGCCCGCUGUCCCUUCGGCCUCCAAGGUCAAGCCCAGCCUCAGCCUACAGACAGACGAGGGCAGUCUCUCCCUCCCCAGCUCUUUAUGGCACAGUAGCUGUCCCGCCAGGCCGGUGCUCCUGCCAUGGGAUGUGCGAGGAUCCACAGACAGUGGGAGCUGCCACCAAAGCCCGCUGCUGCCCAGCAACCCAAGAAGGCAGCAUGGUGGCAGUGCCAAGCAUCCCAGGAGACCGAAGUAAAGGUAGCUCAGCCGGCAGAAGUCCUUCUCCUGAAAGAGGUCCGGACUCUUCCCUCCUUGCACUUUCAGUGGAUAAGACAAGCCCCACCAAGUCCAGGGUCACUGUCUCUGAAGGAGAGUGUUACAGCAACACCCAUGAAGCCAGGCCCAGGCUGUGGGGGACACAUGGGCUCCUGGAGAAGCCAGCCAGGGGGAUAGGGAGGGCAAGAGGGGUGCCCCCCACAACCUGUCCCAACGUCCCUCUCUGAGCCCAGCCUCCCAGGGAGCCCAGGGUUGGGCUCCGAUGCUACACUCGGAUCAGGAGAGAAAAAACACCCUGGAGCCCCAUGAGAGCAGCCUCCCCACGGCCUCUGGGGGCCACCCUCAGAAGAAAGAGGCAGCUGGAGGGUCCAGCAGUGAUGCACCUGGUUGAGUGCAUAGGUUACAAUGCACAAGGACCCGGGUUCAAGCCCCUGGUCCCCAGCUGCAGGGGGAAAGCUUCGCGAGUGGUGAAGCAGGGCUGCGGGUGUCUCUCUCCCUCUCUGUCUCCCCCUCUUAUUAAAAAAUAAGAAAAAUGUCCUCCUGUCUUCCCCUCCUCUUUCGCUGUUUUUUUUUUUUAAUUUUCCCUUUUGUUGA